UCCGUUGCCGGUUAGAUAUGUUACACGUGUAAUCAUCUUCUUGGAUCGCACAAACCAAAGGCCAAGAAGAGAUCGUCGAUCCGAAUUUGAGGUACACACACAUAGAGAUAAACACAUUCGUAACUGUAAGAGUGUUCACGUUCGUCUAAUUCUGAUCCGACGACAUUCUCACAAUAUCAAUCAUGGAGCGGCUAACAUCACCACCUCGUCUCAUGAUUGUAUCGGAUCUUGAUCAUACUAUGGUGGAUCAUCAUGAUUCUGAGAAUCUCUCUUUAUUGAGAUUCAAUUCAUUGUGGGAACACGCUUAUCGCCAUGACUCGUUUCUUGUUUUCUCAACGGGGAGAUCACCAACUUUGUAUAAAGAGCUUCGAAAAGAGAAACCUUUGUUGACUCCUGAUAUUACAAUUAUGUCUGUUGGAACUGAGAUUACUUAUGGUGACUCUAUGGUUCCUGAUCAUGGUUGGGUUGAUACUUUGAAUAAUAAAUGGGAUUUGGGUAUUGUCAAAGAAGAAGCUUGCAAGUUUCCUGAGUUGAAGCUUCAGGCUGAAACUGAGCAGAGGCCACAUAAGGUUAGCUUUUAUGUUGAUAAGAGUAAGGCUCAGGAAGUUACUAAGGAGCUUUCACAACGGUUUGAGAAACGUGGGUUGGAUGUCAAAAUCAUUUACAGUGGAGGCAUGGAUUUGGAUAUUUUACCACAAGGUGCUGGAAAGGGACAAGCGCUUGCGUAUCUGCUUAAAAAGCUGAAGACUGAAGGAAAGCUCCCUGUUAAUACUCUUGCUUGUGGUGACUCAGGAAACGAUGCUGAACUGUUUAGUAUUCCUGAUGUUUAUGGCGUCAUGGUAAGCAAUGCUCAAGAAGAGCUGUUGAAGUGGCAUGCUGAAAAUGCAAAAGACAACCCAAAGGUGAUCCAUGCAAAGGAGAGGUGUGCAAGUGGGAUUAUAGAAGCCAUUGGUCACUUCAAGCUUGGUCCUAACCUUUCUCCAAGGGAUGUCUCUGACUUCUUAGAGUGCAAGACGGAGAAUGUGAACCCUGGUCAUGAGGUUGUGAAGUUCUUUUUGUUCUAUGAGAGAUGGAGAAGGGGUGAGGUUGAGAACUGUGAGGCGUACACUGCUAGCCUCAAAGCUUCAUGUCACCCGAGUGGUGUGUUUGUUCAUCCUUCUGGUGCUGAAAAAUCUCUGAGAGAUACCAUUGAUGAGCUGCGCAAGUGCUACGGAGAUAAACAAGGGAAGAAGUUUCGGGUUUGGGCAGAUCAAGUUCUUGCAACAGAUACUACUCCUGGGACAUGGAUAGUAAAGCUUGAUAAAUGGGAGCAAAAUGGUGAAGAACGCAGAUGCUGCACAACAACUGUCAAAUUCACCUCAAAGGAAGGAGAAGGGCUGGUGUGGGAACAUGUACAGCAAACAUGGUCGAAAGAAUCAGAGGUGAAGGAUGAUAGCAGCUGGAUCAUCUGAGUCACCUCAUCCCUCUGAAGCAGACUAUGGCUUCUUCUCUUUAGUAUCUUAUCAUCUUCUCUGCCAUAAAACGUUGAACCUUCGGUAUAAAUAUACACGAGAUUCGAUAAAACAUUGUCUUUUCAAUAAAACUUGGAUCUCAAAACUCAAUUCUUAUUUCUACAUCAAUGAUCUAUAUCUUCAAGUUAACUUUUA